AUGCACUCGACAUCAACCUUCAAAAGCCAUGAUGGAGGAUGGCAACUUAUCCAUUGCAAUUUGGUAAGAAGCCCAAGAGCGCUCUCCAACCUCUUGACAAAGCUUUAUGGAGAAGGAAAGUUUGAGAUAGAGACACGGCAAAGUUUAUAUCGCAUUAGAGCACAUGACACACCUCAACCUCUAGAUCUUGAACUACCGGAAGUUCGAGACUGUUUGAAUGGAAAAAUCAUUGAAUGA